AUGACGACCCAUGGCAACAUGGCUGCACAUCAGCAGGAGCGGGUGCAAGGAGCCAAGGGCCACAACUUCUUCUGGGGCAAGGAGUUUGUACCCGAGAGUGGCGGAGCCGGCUCUCUCUUUCAGAGUCUUUUCUGGCUUGCUAAGGAGCUAUACGAGGGUCAGAUGUUGGAUCUCGCUAAGUUGACGAAGAGGCUUUCGCCUUCUCGCGACCCCUGUGUGGGCGCAGGGAACAUUGUUGUUGUUGCCGUCUACUUUCUUUUCAACCAUCGCGACGACAUGGAUAUCUUGGCCCGAUACUUCGGCGACCGGAGAGCAGGAUUGUACUAUGGUCUUGCUCUUUGA